UCUUUGCUAGCCCUGGUCCCACCUCCACCAGGCAUCGCUCCGCCCCUCCGGGCCGCCUCCCCCGCCACAUGCCUAAGCCACGCCUCUGCUGUCAGGCCCCGCUCUUCUCUGAAGGCCCCGCCCCUCGGUCGGCCUGUUUUCCCCCUCCUGGUCUUCCGCUGAGACCGCCAAGGCUGCUACGGUGUUCGGAACUUGAGGUGAUGGGGCUUCCCGAGGAGCGGGGCCGGAGCGGCGGUGGGAGCGGGGUCCGGGAGGAGGCUGGAGCCCGGAGCCGGGCGCGGAGUUGGUCUCCGCCGCCCGAGGUCAGCCGUUCCGCGCACGUCCCCUCGCUGCAGCGCUACCGCGAGCUGCACAGGCGCUCCUUGGAGGAGCCGAGAGAGUUUUGGGGAGACAUUGCCAAGGAAUUUUACUGGAAGACCCCAUGUCCUGGUCCAUUCCUCCAGUACAACUUUGAUAUGACUAAAGGGAAAAUCUUUAUUGAGUGGAUGAAAGGAGCAACUACCAACGUCUGCUACAAUGUACUGGAUCGAAUUGUCUACGAGAAAAAACUUGGCGAUAAAGUUGCUUUUUACUGGGAGGGCAAUGAGCCAGAGGAGACCACCCAGAUCACAUACCGUGAGCUUCUGGUCCAAGUGUGUCAUUUCAGCAAUGUUCUCCGAAAACAGGGCAUUUGCAAGGGCGACCGAGUGGCCAUCUACAUGCCCAUGAUACCGGAGCUCGUGGUGGCCAUGCUGGCGUGUGCCCGCCUUGGGGCUCUGCACUCCAUUGUGUUUGCGGGCUUCUCUUCAGAGUCUCUUUGUGAACGGAUCCUGGAUUCCAGCUGCAGCCUUCUCAUCACUACAGAUGCCUUCUACAGGGGGGAAAAGCUUGUGAACCUGAAGGAGCUGGCUGACGAGGCCCUGGAGAAGUGUCGGGAGAAGGGUUUCCCAGUGAGAUGCUGCAUUGUGGUCAAGCACCUGGGGCGGGCAGAACUGGGCACAGGUGACUCUCCCAGCCAGUCCCCCCCGAUUAAGAGGCCAUGCCCGGAUGUGCAGGGUAAGCUGAAAGAGAAACCCAAGCGCAUCUGGCCCCAGAUCUCCUGGAAUGAGGGGGUUGACAUGUGGUGGCAUGAACUCAUGCAAGAGGCAGGGGAUGAGUGUGAGCCUGAGUGGUGUGAUGCUGAAGACCCACUCUUCAUCCUAUAUACUAGUGGCUCCACAGGCAAACCCAAGGGUGUGGUACACACAGUUGGGGGCUACAUGCUCUAUGUGGCCACAACCUUCAAGUAUGUGUUUGACUUCCAUGCGGAGGAUGUGUUCUGGUGCACAGCAGACAUUGGCUGGAUCACUGGCCAUUCCUAUGUCACCUAUGGGCCACUGGCCAACGGUGCCACCAGUGUUUUGUUUGAGGGGAUUCCCACAUACCCGGACAUGAGCCGCCUAUGGAGUAUUGUGGACAAGUACAAGGUGACCAAGUUCUACACAGCACCUACAGCUAUCCGCCUGCUCAUGAAGUUUGGAGAUGAGCCUGUUACCAGGCAUAGCCGGGCAUCCUUACAGGUGCUAGGCACAGUGGGCGAACCCAUCAACCCUGAGGCCUGGCUGUGGUACCACCGGGUGGUAGGUGCCCAGCGCUGCCCCAUUGUGGACACCUUCUGGCAGACAGAGACAGGUGGCCAUAUGCUGACCCCUCUCCCUGGUGCCACACCCAUGAAGCCUGGUUCUGCUACCUUCCCAUUCUUUGGUGUAGCUCCUGCAGUCCUGAAUGAGUCUGGGGAAGAGUUGGAAGGUGAAGCUGAAGGUUAUCUGGUGUUCAAGCAGCCCUGGCCAGGGAUCAUGCGCACAGUCUAUGGGAACCAUGAACGCUUUGAGACCACCUACUUUAAGAAGUUUCCCGGGUACUAUGUGACAGGAGAUGGCUGCCGGCGGGAUCAGGAUGGCUAUUACUGGAUCACUGGCAGGAUUGAUGACAUGCUGAACGUAUCUGGACACCUGCUGAGCACGGCAGAGGUAGAGUCAGCACUUGUGGAACAUGAGGCUGUCGCAGAGGCAGCCGUGGUUGGCCACCCUCAUCCUGUGAAGGGCGAAUGCCUCUACUGUUUUGUCACCCUGUGCGAUGGCCACACCUUCAGCUCCACCCUCACUGAGGAGCUCAAGAAACAGAUUAGAGAAAAGAUUGGCCCCAUUGCCACACCGGAUUACAUCCAGAAUGCACCCAGCUUGCCUAAAACCCGCUCAGGUAUGUCCAGAGGCCUUGAGGGAUUGGGACUGGAUUUGCCAAGGCCCAGUGGUGGUGGAGUGUGUGUGGAUGGAAGUGUUCGGCAGGGCUGGAAUGGGUCAGUGUUGUCACCAGGUAACCAGAAGCCUGUGGUCCCCCAGGGAAAAUCAUGAGGCGGGUGCUUCGGAAGAUCGCUCAGAAUGACCACGACCUGGGGGAUGUGUCCACCGUGGCUGACCCAUCCGUCAUCACCCAGCUCUUCAACCACCGUUGCCUGACCAUCCAGUGAACAGGACCCUGCCCAUUACCCAGGAUUCCCCCUGCUUGGCUUUCCAAAGUUUUGCCCACCCUCCCUGCCCCCAUCCAGGAGUACUCAGGGCCUGUGCUGACCCACACCACCUCCCCGACGAGCUGUCUGGAACUGAGGACUAGCUUUGCCUCUGGGUGCAGGCAACUUCCUGCGACCACCAGGCAGAUGGGACAGGGCCCAGGUCAACCUCAGGCUGCUGUGCCCCUAGACUGCAAAGAGCCAUUAGCGCCCAGAACAGCGACCUGAAGGUCAUAUCUCAAACCCAAGUUAAGUGUUCAGUGGGCAAGUGAGGGCAUAGACUGAAGCAGGGAAGCAACUCUGUAAUGCUAUGUCAGCUGUCUCAGGAAGCAUCAGUACUUAUUUUGGGCAUGCACUUGCCCUUAGAAAUGCCUGUUUGUGAGUCCUGGAACAAUUGAUUAUUAUUUUUUAAACACUUUGCUGCUUCUGUUAUGGGUCUGAAUUCCCUUUUGUGCUAGAUGGCUUGUCUGCCAUUUGUUCCAGAGGCUGUGCAGGCAGGCUCAGUUUCCAGAGGGUUUUCAGAUCAUUUGUGUCUUAGCAGGAGUAAAUGUGUUAUGUUCCUAGGACCAGAGGAGCUUGAUUUUCUUGUCCUCUUUUCCCACCCUCCCCUGAACAGAGUCUUGCCCAUGGGAGACUCUCAGAUGAAGCUCUCUUUUCUUGCCUGUUGUACUCAAGCGCUGUGGUUGUAGGAAUAAAGUCUGUGACCUCAAGAA